GGCCCUAUUUCCGGGCGGCGGAAGGAGACGCGGCCGCGUGAGGACGAGGCGAUUUGAAAACACGCUCCAGGAGCGAGAGCCUGUGGCCGGUGGGGCACGCUGUCGCUCCGUGGGCUUCCGAUCGGACACUCUUUUCUGCCUCUGUGCUCCAGUCCCAGCUGGGCAUUCAGCACUCAAGAAUGACCAAAAAAAGAAAACGCCAAGAUGAUUUUCAAAAAGUGAAACUAAAAGUUGGUAAAAAGAAGCCCAAGUUAGAAAAUGCUACUGUUACAAACUUUAAAACAAAGACUAUACAUCUGCCUGAGCAACUCAAAGAGGAUGGAACACUUCCAACAAACAAUAGAAAACUUAACAUAAAGGAUUUGCUAUCACAGAUGCAUCACUACAAUGCUGGGGUUAAACAAAGUGCUCUUCUUGGACUUAAAGACCUUUUGUCUCAGUACCCAUUUAUAAUUGAUGCACACCUUUCAAACAUAUUAAGUGAAGUGGCUGCUGUGUUUACAGAUAAAGAUGCUAAUGUACGAUUAGCAGCAGUUCAACUUCUUCAAUUCCUGGCCCCCCAAAUACGAGCUGAACAAAUUUCUCCAUUUUUUCCUUUGGUAAGUGCCCAUCUCUCUAGUGCCAUGACUCACAUUACUGAAGGAAUUCAGGAGGACUCUUUAAAAGUUUUGGACAUUCUGCUGGAACAGUACCCAGCUCUAAUUACUGGCCGUAGCAGUAUAUUGCUUAAGAAUUUUGUAGAACUUAUUUCUCAUCAGCAGCUGUCCAAAGGACUGAUAAAUAGAGACAGAUCCCAGUCCUGGAUACUUUCUGUAAAUCCUAAUCGGAGACUCACUUCUCAGCAGUGGAGGCUGAAAGUCUUAGUGAGACUAAGUAAAUUCCUUCAGGCCUUGGCAGAUGGAUCCAGUAGGUUGAGAGAAAGUGAAGGACUUCAGGAACAAAAAGAAAAUAACCAUGCCACUAGCAACUCCAUUUUUAUCAACUGGAAGGAACAUGCCAACGACCAGCAACACAUCCAGGUUUAUGAAAAUGGGGGUUCACAGCCAAAUGUCAGUUCACAGUUCAGGCUACGGUACCUGGUUGGAGGACUAGGCAGUGUGGAUGAAGGCCUGUCAUCUACUGAAAAUUUGAAAGGAUUUAUUGAGAUAAUAAUUCCAUUGUUAAUUGAGUGUUGGAUUGAAGCUGUGCCUCCACAACUAGCUGCUUCUGUUGGAAAUGGUAUAGAACGAGAGCCACUGCAGGUUAUGCAGCAAGUUCUUAAUAUUAUUUCCCUUCUAUGGAAACUCUCUAAACAACAUGAUGAAACCCAUAAAUUGGAGUCGUGGCUUCGAAAGAAUUAUCUUAUUGAUUUCAAACACCAUUUUAUGAGUCAUUUUCCAUAUGCCUUAAAAGAAAUAACCAAGCACAGAAGGAAAGAGAUGAAUAAAAGCAUCAAGCAUUGCAUGAUUCUCUCCAAUAAUGUAGAUCAUCUCUUACUGAAUUUAACACUGUCUGAUAUCAUGGUCUCCCUGGCAAAUGCCUCAACUUUGCAGAAGGAUUCCAGUUGGAUAGAAAUGAUACGGAAAUUUGUGACAGAGACCCUUGAAGAUGGCUGUAGGCUAAAUAGUAAGCAGCUGAACAGAUUGCUUGGGGUAUCGUGGAGGUUAAUGGAGAUACAACCAAACAGAGAGGGUACAGAGUCUCUCAUCAAGGCAGUUUAUACAUUGUAUCAGCAGAGGGGCCUUCUCCUUCCAGUUCGGACUUUGUUACUGAAGUUUUUCAGUAAAAUCUAUCAAAAAGAAGAAGUGAGAUCUUACAGAGUCAGAUAUCGUAGUAAAGUGUUAUCCCGUUGGUUGGCUGGUUUACCACUGCAGCUUGCUCAUCUUGGCUCCCGAAACCCUGAGCUCUCAACACAGCUUAUAGAUAUCAUCCAUACUGCUGCAGCACGAGCACAUAAAGAAUUGCUAAAAAGCUUACAAGCUACUGCUCUCCGAAUCUAUGAUCCACAAGAAGGCACUGUGGUGGUUCUGCCAGCCGAGUCUCAGCAGUGUUUGGUCCAGCUUGUAUAUUUCCUACCAAGUUUGCCUGCUGAUUUGCUUUCUCGGUUAAGUCGUUGCUGUAUUAUGGGAAGACUCAGUUCAAGUUUAGCUGCCAUGCUUAUUGGGAUACUGCACAUGAGAUCAUCAUUUUCUGGAUGGAAGUAUUCAGUUAAAGACUGGUUGAUGAGUGAUGUAGACUAUUUCAGCUUCUUAUUUUCAACACUUACAGGGUUUUCAAAAGAGGAGUUGACUUGGCUUCAGAACCUCCGAGGAGUUCCUCAUGUCAUCCAGACACAGCUUUCCCCUGUGCUUCUUUACCUUACAGACUUGGAUCAAUUUUUACAUCAUUGGGAUGUAACAGAGACAGUUUGUCACAGUUUAUUGGUUAUCCCUGCCCGAAGCCAGAGCUUUGACAUCCUGCAGAGUGCCAUCAGUAAGCAUUUGGUUGGGUUGGCUGUAAUUCCUGACAGCACGGCUGGCUGUGUUUUGGGUGUUAUCUGUAAGCUCCUGGAUCAUACGUGUGUACUAAGUGAGACUCUACUGCCAUUUUUGGCUUCUUGUUGCUACAGUCUUCUGUAUUUUCUGCUCACUUUAGAGAAAGGAGAAGCAGAACAUCUAAGGAAGAGGGACAAGCUGUGGGGGGUCUGUGUCUCGGUCCUGGCUCUCCUGCCUCGAGUCCUCAGAUUGAUGCUGCAGAGCCUGCGGGUGAACAGAGCGGCACCUGAGGAGCUGCCUGUGGUGGGCCAGCUACUGCGCCUGCUGCUGCAGCACGCACCGCUCAGGACGCACAUGCUGACCAAUGCCAUCUUGGUGCAGCAGAUCAUCAAGAAUAUCACGGUAAGAAACAUGUGCUGUCAGUGCUAGAAAGGAUUCCUGGGCAAGGCGCAUGACCGAUUCCUGCAGUGUAGCCCAGUGUGGCGAUUUCCCACGGCUUCUGUAGUCUAGUACCUGCACUGAACCAGGGGCAUGUCUUUGAUCCCAGAAUGAGCUAUAGAAGCUUUAAAGUACUCAGUCUGAAUUAAGGUGGCAGGCAGCUUCGUUUGAAAAGGUACAGGCAUCAGAGUCACUGCUACCUGGAUUCUACUAGACUAUUGGAUAACUGAUAGUUUGGCAAGUUUUAAAACCUAUCCAGCUUGUUUUCUUAGCUGUAAAAAUGGGACUAAAUUAACUUCGUUGGGUUUUGGUGACCAUUAAAUGAGAUCAUCCAAGUAAAGUUUUUAGUGUAGCUGACAUUUAUUAAGUGCUCUACAAAUGUUAGCUGUCAUUAGGAAAUUAUUUAGCAGGAAUAAACUUCAGGCCAAUAUCCAGUUAGUUCCCUGGAGAGUGGGAAGUAGUUGGAAGAAGGAAGCUGCAGGCUUCAACUUUGUCUAAUGGUUGGUUCUCUGUGUUCAGCUGUGUCUGUUUUGGGGGUGGGGGGCAGUUCUGUUCUCUAGAAUUCCUUGGUGUUUUCAGUUUGGGGAGAGUUAGGGAGGUAUUUUAUAGAGGUAUCUGGGGGGUUAUUAAUUGGUACAUGUAAUAGUAAGUCAGAAAUAAAAGGGAAGAAAAUCAAGAAUUUGGAUUAUUCCAAGGUUGGAGAAUCAGCCCAUCUCCGUAAGGAAGAGGAAGACAGAAAUCGUCAUUUGGCCCUGUAGAAUGAUUCUCAGUUGAUGUUAGUACAAACAUCUAGAGACUCGAGAAUCCUGAGGGGAGGACGUCUGAAGUGUAGGGAUGGUGAUGAUGAAAUUUCUUUAGUCCCUAGCGUGAGAGGGAAGGAACAAACCAAACAAGUGGUAGCACUUGGACUUGAGGAAUUUUCACUGCCUGUGACGAUGCCCAAUUAAAUUAGUAGGUCCCCUUUUUCUGUGGUGAUUUAUAGAUGAGGUGCUGUUGCAAUGGCUCUGAUCUUGUUUGGAGGUGAAAAACACUUCAGGGAGCAUCACAAUUUUGGUAGAAUUCUCAAAUUACUCUUGCUUUUCUCUGCA